AUGGAAAAUCGGAAGAAGGCUCCAUUCGAGCCCGAGGAGUAUCCUCAAGGAUCACCGCCCUUGCUUCACGAAAGCUGCGGCAAAGCAAACUGGAUACCCAUGUGCCGUCACACAUGCACAUUCGAGACUCAAGAUUUCGACAAGAUUAUGCUUAAUCUUGUCGAGAACCCGAACCUCAACUCCAAGUGGCUAUUCCGUGCAGACGUUCUCCAAGACGAUUGUAUUCAGCCUCCCGUUCCUGCAGAUAUCAGUGACACAAAAUACCACCCUCAAACUCAAGAGUUCAAGGGUUUCAGCCGUCAAAGGACGAUAGUGCGUCGGCUCAUACCACGGAACACACUUCGCGACGCCCCAUUAGAUCAAACAUGCUCAUUCUAUCACUCUUCUCAAGGCAAGGAGGAUAUGGACUCCGUUGAAGAAGCCGGUCCGAUGCGGUCUCUCGUCGUGUACAUACCUCAUGCUUCUUCUGCAGCAGAGAUGCCAUUCUACCACCCCAAGGUCCAAGGGAUUAGUCAACUCCACGAGUGGGAUCCGGCAACAAAGACUGGCACGAUAUCUAUUCAUUUCCUUCUCUUCAACGCCGAAGCAACCACGGAAGAGAUCGACCAAGUCAAACUCGGUAGAAUCGCUUACCACCUACUUCAAACCAUCCACAAGCAUGGGCACAGCACAGCCGCAGGCUAUGUCAAAAGGGUUAACCACGAUGUGAUUGUCCCUAGGGAGAGGUUUCAAGACAAGUACUCUGAACUUAAAAACAAAUAUGCCAGGUCUCUAGUCCAGUCCUGGCUUGAGACCACUGAUCCUACAAAACAUGUGUUUGAGGAUCUAGGCAUAGCUGCAUUUCUCAUAGAGCUGUGGCAGGAUAUGUACCGAGGCGCGGACUUCCCUGGCUUUGUGGAUAUCGGUUGCGGAAACGGUCUGCUCGUUCAUAUUCUGAGGCUUGAAGGGUAUGAUGGCUGGGGUUUUGAUGCCCGCGAACGCAAGUCAUGGUCUCAGUACAACUCGACAUUCUCGGGCUCGCCCUCUGGAAAGUCCCUCCAAAAGCUACUCCUGCUCCCCAGCUUAAUUCCUGUGGAAGCAACCAGUGGUGAUACAAAAACGAUCGACCCCGAAGACAUCCAUGAUGGCCUCUUUCCCCGAGGCACCUUCAUCAUUUCCAACCAUGCCGAUGAACUCACGCCAUGGACACCCAUACUUGCCGCUAUAUCUCAGUGCCCCUUCAUUAUGAUCCCGUGCUGCAGCCACAACCUCACAGGCGAGCGAUGGCGAGCCCCUCCACCGCGGGACAAGUCCAAAUCAAAGAGUAUGUUUGCAUCGUUGGUCGAUUGGGUCACGCAAAUCGCGGGGGACUGUGGAUGGGAAGUUGAGACAGAAAUGUUGAGGAUUCCGAGCACCAGGAAUACGGGUUUGGUCGGCCGCAGAAACAUAAGAGACAUUCAAGAGAUCGACAUGCGUGUGGUAUUGCAAAAGUACGGAGGAGUUCAGGGUUAUUACAGCAAUGUUGCAAAGCUUGUCAAAUCAUCACCCCGAGGCCACUAA